CUACAGAAUACAAACCAAAGAAGGGAAAUGGGACUGAUCACUGCAGCGUGCACUGUGAGGAGCAGUCCAGCCCUACCCCGGCCUGCCCCUGCUCCUGUCCAGGCAAGAAUGGACCCAGCAGACUUUUCUGUUUCAGACUCUGGAUUCGCUAACAGUCCUGGCCAAGCGGGCACGGGGAGAAUGACAGGCGUCUCUCCGGGCCUCUCCCAUUCAGGACUCCUCCCAGCUGCAUGUGAAUCAGCUAAACUAGAAUUACAGGUUUGAGAGAGGCAAACAGAGUGAGGAGGAAGGGAAGCCUGGGACUAGGAGACACAGCGGCAGCGUGGGGCUAUACCCAGCAAGUCCCCAUGGAGAACACGGAGGCAGCCGAGGUGGAUAUUGACACACUCAUUGAUGAGAUGGACUAUAUCCCUGGUCACUUCCACCUGGAGAUGAACCUGAAUUUCGAGCCUCGUUCCCCAGUGAAUUUCAGAGGCAGGGACAUGAAGCUUAAGCGAGACAGCCUGAUGUAUGAACUAGAACUCGAGUCUGGCCCCCAGCAAUUCGCCAUCAGGAACCUGCUCGGGGUCUUCUCCUUCCACCUGGAGGAGCUAGAGCAAGCCAAGGAGAUCUUCCUGAGUAUCUCCCAGGAGGCCCCUGACAACCUCAAUGCCUGGGCCAACCUGGCCUGUGUGUACGACCGGCUGGACAGCGAACAGGAAGAGGCCGACUGCACCAAGAGACUAGCCCAUUUAAUGGGCCUGGGUUCAGAAGAGGAGUCCCAGGGGGAUGCCAGGCUCCGAGCAGCCCGCUGCCUUGCAGAGCAGGGCUACGCUUACGUCUUCGACAUUGGCCUCCUGGAGGAGGAAGACCGAAUGGAGAAACUGACCGCCGGCCUCACGCUCUAUGACAAGGCUCUUGCUUAUGCGCAGCAGAUCCCCCCGGAGGAGAAAAGAAGCUGGUUCCUUACUAUGGCCACUCUGUACAUCAGGUUAGAUGGGAUCCUGAUGAACAAGGGUAAUGACGAACAGAAGCGGCUCCCCGCCUUUAACAGAACACUGGUUCUGCUUCGACAAGUGACCAAGUCCUCAAAUUCUCACUACAGAGCUCUGGCAUGGUGCUACCUCGGCAUGCUGCUGGAAAGGAAUGAGACGUUUUCCACCACCCCAAUGGGGAUCCAUGACUGUGGUUACUCUGGGACUGGGCCCCUUGAUUGCUUUGGCAAGGCAAUAGAAAUAGCUAAAGACAAUCCUCCCAUACUAAACCGACUGGCCAAAAUUUUCCACUUCCUGGGCAAGCAAGAAAUGGCUCUGGGAAUCUGCAACAUGGCGCUGGACGUCUUACAAGAUCCAGAACUCAACUGGCAGGCCUACUGCACACGGGCCAAGAUCCACAUUAAGCUCUAUCUGCGAGAUCUGGACCGUGCAAAGAUGGGUUUGGGAGGCAUGCCAGACAGGAAACAUCUCACCCGUGCUAAAGAAGACCUGGAAAGGGUUGUAAAGGUUUGCCCAUGCUUGAAGACAUACCUGGACAUGGGCCAUGUCUGCUAUUACAUGGGUGUGGAUGCCAUGCAGGAACUAUUCCCAGUGGAUGAGGCUGCGCUGGACAGGGCCUUGGAGUUCUUUGCGAAAGCCAUGGAGUUUGACCUGGGAGAUAUGCUACCGGAGAUACAGCUGGUGAGGGGCAAAUGCCUGCGGCUUAAAAACGAGGAGUCCAAUGCCAUUGGGUGCUUCAAGCGAGCCAUAGAGCUAGACGAUGUGGGCUCCACCUACACAGAGAGCUUCCGCUGCUUAAUGGAGACCCUCCUGAUGCAGUUCAGCCACGGGAGAGUGAAUGCCGGGAUGCUGAUGCAGGAAGUGGAAUUGUGGGUAAAGAAGGCUGAGGAGAAAUACCCAAAGCAGCGUGUCCGCCAGGAGCUGAGGCUGGUAUGUCGCAGUCACACGACAGAGGUGAUCGCGCUCUCCAAAGCCAUGGUCACCAGAGGGAAUACGGAGCUGGUAAAGAUGCUGUUUGAGACAAUAAAGACUGACUUUUCCAAACCCAAACUAACUGAGCGAUCGCUCUCCUUCUGAGCAGCCGACGUCGGCACCACGUCCUGCGGCACAACUGCCUCCAGGCUCACACUUCUGCUUCUCUAAGAUCUCCUCCAACAGCCAGUAGAUGAUACAUUAACUAUUUUAACUCUUAGCCACAGAUCUCUGAGCAGUGUGCAGAAGUGGCCAAGUAUUACUGUCUCUGUUUCACAAACGGAGAAACUGAGGUAGAGACCAAAUAACAAAAAGUGUUCUGUGAUUACGGGUGCCUCCCUUUUUUGAGUUCACUUGACUCAGCCCUCCGAAAAUCAGGCCCCAGGUGGUUCAGCAUGUCCAAAAUGAUGUGCUCAAGGCCACACAGCAAGUUACUGGCAAAGUAGGAAGUAGAAUCCAGAUCUCUUGCUUCCCAGACUGCCACCCUUUCUGUGGGACAAUUCUGCCUCCAUUACAUUCUGGGGAUGUUAUAUCAGUCCACAGUAGAAUAGCCGCUGUGCUGGUUUGGGUCUGCACUCUGUGAUCCUCCUUUUCAUUAAGUGAAUGCCGCUAAUGCAGAGCGCUGAUCCUGCAAGUUCAAUGGGAAUUGAGGGUGCUUAGUACUAUGCACAAUCCUUGGAUUUCAUUUGAAAUCAAUGAAUAACACAACUGUUAAUAAGGUGAGACAGAUUUCAGAGCAGGUUGGAAACAAGAUCUACUGAACCUUAGAAAAUCUCAUAUGUUCAGUCUUUUCUACCUUAUGCUUUUGCACUGCACCAUAGUAACUGAUCCUCAACUCAGCUCUGUAUUGGUCAGAAAGCAAACACAGAUCUCCCUUACUUUGGUGAUAAGCGCAGUAUAAAUCAGUCACAGUGAGAAUUUUACGACUAAAUGACCUAUACUAAUAGCUGAACUAGUGAGUGUUGUUGGGAGCUCCUGGGAGCAUCUACAGUGUUUCUAAAUUGGUAGCUAGUUUGAGGUGAUUUCCCUGCCUCUGAUGGAGUCACCGUCUGGCUUAAUACAGCUGGCUCUGACCUGGUGCACAUAAAAAUACUUCCGAGGGGCAAAGUUCUUCCAUUGGGGUGCAUCAGAUGGUGCCGAGUGCUGCAGAGAGGAUAUUUCCUUAAGCCAAGGUAAGGGUUUCAUAUCUGUGUCUCUUUCUCAUGCACACACUCUUCCAGUCAAUCAGUGCACCAUUGUAACUCCAACAGGCAGAACAUAACCUGGGACUUCUGGAGUUUAGUGCACGAAAUAAAGCUGUAGAGCAUACUCAUUCUCUGUCACUGGAGUGGUUUUAGUGCUACUACAUGGGACAGCACAUCACACCCAGCAGGUGUGUGGGUCACACCAACUCAUCAAUGUCCUGUGUAUAUUUUAGUGGAGGUGAAGUAGUGUUUAAUAUAAGUUGCUAUGUCUCUUGA